AGGAGCACAACCGAAUCAAAAUUGAGCGCCACAGCGAAAGUGUAUCCUGGGCAGUGAUAAGUGUAAAGUAGUAGUGACCGUUACAGAAUACCAACUGGCGGAAGCAAAAAAUUCGAAUAUGUGGGUGUUACUAAUGCUUGAAAAAAAGUAGACACACGCACUCGGGCUGUAAGCGUUUACUGUGCGGACACUGUGAAGAACCACAGUUAUAUGAAGUGAUUUACCAUAUACUAUUUUAAGGAUUUGAAUUUAUAUUGAGGUAAAAUUGCGAAAACUGGCUGAAGCUGUGAUGGGAGCGCAAUAAUAAAGCAGUCUGGCAGUUUUAAUAACAGUAAAAUGAACCGCAAACUCAUUAAAACCACACAAAUUAAAUGAAGGUUGAAAAAACAAAAAACGUUACAUAUUACAAAGGAGUUAAAUGAAAAAUAAAUAAAUGUGUGAAUAUAUUGUAAAAACUUUUAAAUCAUUCGCUUAUUUCGCUUCUGAGUGAAUAAAAUAUCAGUGUUUGCGAUAUGCUCGGCUUAGUUUAAUAUCAUUAAAAAGUUGAACUAUAUAAAAAGUCGCUUUUAAACGAAAAAUUAUUUCAGCUGCACUCUCUUCCGCGAAUUUCGUUGUUAAAUAAAUGGAAAAUAUUUACUUUUGAGGAAAAGCAGACAAUUUGAGUGUGGACCGAUGUUAGUUUGCGUUGGAACGUGUUUCUCCGAGUUAUUUGACCAAGCGGAUUCUUUGGAACAAAAACUCUGUGUCGGCUAGUAAAGGACAAAGUUAAUCAUGAUAAUAAAUAUAACGCACUCAGAACCGGCACUGGAUGCAGGUGUUCCCUCUACUGCCUCAGGAAUGGAAUUGUUUAAUUCCAUCUCGACUGCAAGUGGAGAGGGCGGCCCUUUGGCAGACUACAUGGAAGUAGAUAUGAGCAAUUUAACCGCCCAGCCGAAUUCAAGUCUAUUCGUGACGCAGGGAAAGAAUCUCGUUGACCGGUUUUCAAGAAAUCGCGCCGUCAGCGAUCACUGGCAUUACGCACUCAUAAGCAUUUACUUGGGUAUGAUUAUAUUUGGUACAGUCGGCAACAUCUUCGUCGUGAUGGCGGUAGUGAGAAAGCCCAUAAUGCGCACCGCCCGCAACCUAUUCAUACUGAACUUGGCUAUUUCUGAUCUAUUGUUAUGUGUAAUAACAAUGCCUAUAACGUUGUUGGAAAUCCUCUCAAAGUACUGGCCGUUCGGGAUGUUGGAAGUAAUAUGCAAAUUAGUUGCCAUGCUGCAAGCGGUGAGCAUUUUCGUCUCGACCAUUUCCAUAACAGCCAUUGCCUUUGACAGGUAUCAGCUAAUUGUAUAUCCGACACGGGAAAGCCUUCAGGUUGGUGGUGUCAUAGCCAUUCUAGCUGGCAUAUGGCUAUUCGCGAUGCUGUUGGCCAGCCCCCUCUUCAUCUACAAACGCCUGGAACAGGCAGAAAUACCGCCACUUCUGGAAUCCUUAGGCAUCCAUGGUGUAUGCUUCUGCGUCGAAGAUUGGCCCGUGAGUCAUGGACGAUUCUAUUAUUCAAUAUUUUCGCUCUGCGUGCAAUACUUGGUGCCAAUACUGAUCGUAUCUGGUGCAUAUUUCGGCAUCUAUAAGAAACUACGAAGUCGUACAACGGUGGUGGCAAUGCAAACGCCACAACGCAACGCGGAACGUGGCCGCCGCAUGCAACGGACAAACUGCUUAUUGAUAACGAUUGCACUGAUUUUCGGCAUAUCGUGGAUGCCCUUAAAUGUUUACAAUUUAUAUGCAGAUAUGCGGAGUCCAAUGGCGGUGACGGAACACAUGCUUGUCAUAUAUGCUUGUUGUCACAUGCUCGGCAUGAGUUCCGCGUGCACGAAUCCUCUGCUCUAUGGAUGGCUGAAUGACAAUUUCCGUAAAGAAUUUAGAGAAUUAAUAUGUGGUUCUAAAGAAAACACUAAUGUUGCUCUUAAUGGUCACACGACAGGCAGUGGACAGACACGUCGGAGACGAAAGCACGCCGAAAUAUCCAAGGGUGAUUUGAAGUUGUUGCCCAACAACAAUGGCGUUGGCUUACGAAGUGCCGUGACCGAGUCGAUAGCGCUGACAGAAAAUCCAAUUUCCAUUGAAGUGACAACUCUGACUGCGGAACAAUAUAUGCUGAAUUCGGUGGAUGUACUGUAAUAGUAUAAUAUCUGGUGUGCAUGUGAUGUUGUAAGGACAGCAUUUUUGCUAAAUUCUAUACAUAUGUAAACCUGACAUGUACAUACAUAACAUUAACGAAUGAAAGAAUACCCUUUAGUACAAAACUGUACAGCAAAACACAAAUCAAAAGGCAAAAUGUGAUUGAACAAUGAAAAUACAAAAAAACAAAUUUGAGUGAUAUCUGCUUGGGCUCUGAUUUCUAAGCAUUAAGAUUAUAAAUACAGAUAUAUAUAGACUAGUCAAUUAUAAGCAUUUUUAAAAUAAAUUUUGCGUCAAAUUUAUUAUUGCAUGUACUCACCAUAUACAUAUGUAUACACUUAUACAUAAUUAUAAAUUUAUGUAUUUAUUUUUAUAAUAUGAAAGAACAUUACUUAAAAAGAAAAUUUUAAAAUAUAAUGAAAAGUUGCUCAGAAAAUAUAAUUUAUAUUCUUAUUAAAAUCAAAGAAGACGCGGUACGACCUUCAAACUCGGGAAACUCGGUAAUGCUUUAAAACUUGUGUCAACAAUAGCACUACAAUCAACCGCUUCUUAUACGAGGUGUGUUCAAAAAGUAUCGCGACAGUUUGCUGAAAGUUUUCUUCGAUUGCAGGGGCGUGGUGCAUCAUGAGUUCUUGCCACAGGGAAGAACGGUCAAUAAGGAGUAUUACCUGCAAGUUAUGCGCAAUUUGCGCGAAGCAAUCCGCCAGAAACGCCCGGAUUUGUGGAAGAAUAAAAAUUGGCUUUUGCACCAUGAUAACGCCCCUGCUCACACAUCGUUGCUUGUGCGCGACUUUUUGGCAAAAAACAACACACUAAUGAUGCCGCAGCCACCGUAUUUCCCAGAUCUGGCCACCUGUGACUUUUUCUUGUUUCCUAAACUGAAGAGGCCCAUGAAAGGACGACGUUACGCUUCUCUUGACGAGAUAAAGACGGCAUCGAAGGAGGAGCUGAAGAAGAUAAAAAAAAUGAUUUUUCGAAGAUUGGAAAAACCGUUGGCACAAGUGUAUAAUAUCUCAUGGGGAUUACUUCGAAGGGGACAAAAUAGAUAUUCAUGAAUAAAUAAAUAAUUUUUGAAAAAACACAAAAUUCGCGAUACUUUUUGAACACACCUCGUACUAAAACAUAGUUUGGUUAACUUCCAAUAUAUAUGUAGAUAGGCAAUUCACAGGCAAGACUUUAGAACACGAACCGCCGCAUUAUUUUUACACUCCCGCAAAAUGUCGUCACGGAAUAUAAUAAUUUGUUUACCUAACCAUUGUCUAUAACCAUUUAUAAAACAAAUCGAGAUAGAUAUAGAGUUAAAAAUGAUCAGGAUAACAAGACUAGUUGAAUUCUUAGUGACUGUCUGUCCGUGUGUCCAUUAAAGAGAAAACUUGAGUAAAAAUUUAGAUAUCUUAAUGAAACUGGCGGCAAAAUGACCACUAGAAAGACCACAUGUUGCCGUUAACAGAAAUCUUCAAAAUGUCAUAAUUUAGAUACUACACUGUUAUUUGGUAUAAUGAAUCGCUGUAAAAGGGGCUGGGCAUCUGGCUUGUUAAAAAGUGGACGCGACUUCGUCCUGUAAUAGGUUUAAAGUACAUAUCUCUCAAACCAUUAAAGCUAAAUCCACCAAGUCUGCUGAGGACAAGUUCGGCUAGCCCAUCCUCGUACUGCGUGAAAAUAAUAACCAUGUUCGUUCCUCAUAUCACUUUAAAAUAUUCAAAUACCAGUGAAGAUAUUCAGAGAAAAAUUUGCACAAACAAAAAUUUGCAUUUUUAGUCUAAAAAUUUUCAAAAUUAUAUCGUAUUUUCAAGUCUUAUGUUAUCUCAGUUAUCUUAUUAAGUUUAAUCUUGUGUGUACUGUACUUUAAGGCAUAAAAUGUGUAUAAUCGGUCCGUAAUGUUCUGUCUUCCAAACGCUUGUUUGUAGCAGCUAAAACUAACCGAGAUAGAUAUAUAUAGUCAAAUAUAUCUAGUAUGUAUAUGAACAUAAGAUGAAAAUGGGCGAAAUUAGAUUAUUAGUUUCCAUUUAAUUCUUUAAUUUUACGGCUUAGAAAUCAAGUACAAAAGAAGUUAUCGGAAUAACACUUUGUAAAAAGAGUGUAUUGGUAGCAAGGGAUUUAACAACUAAGAACUGUCGAAAUCGGACCAUAACUUUACAAGCCCCCAGAUACUCGUAUCAUUUAUGUUGACUUAUUCAAUUCAGAUAAAAUCUUUUUCAAAUAAUUAUGAGCCCUUGUGCUCAGAAAGGGAAACAUCGAGUCAAAACUUGCCUUCAUCCUCAUAUAUCUUUUAUGCCAUUUAUAUCCCAUUUAAGGUUAAUUUUAAUGUAAAUAUCGCAGACACGAUAUAGAAUAUAGAAAUAAAUCUAAAUAAGUCUAUAUUCUAUAAUAUAAGAUGAUAAGAAAUAUGAUUGUAAUCGAUUCAUGGUUUGGUUGUACAAUAAAUGUUGAAUUCUUAACCAAUUUUUAACAUAAAAAUUUGCCAACACCUGAAAUCAAGUCCUCGGCUUUAACCUUUGCACAUUGCGAGAAUAUAAAAUGUUCGGAUACACCCAAUAGUAGCUCUUCCUUACUUCUGCUAAUAACAUUGUGAAAAUGUGAAAUAAAAAGAAAAGAAAAGAAAUAUUGUGAGCAAAAAUGUUCCAAAUUCCUACUUAAAAAGGGCACAUUUGUUUAGAUCUCUUUUGGAGUAAAGAGUUUCGUGUUCUGUCAGGUUUGGACAUUGCCUAUGGUGUAAAUUUGGUAACUCGGUUAUAUAGGCUGACUUCGAAAGCAUCAAUUUAUGCAUGUGAUUAAUGUACUAUAUAAUGUUCUGCAAUGCAUCUGCAAUAUUUGUUACAUUGCAUCAUGUUUUGAAGCACAUAAACCUGGUAGUCGAUGGGCAGUGGCAGAGAAAAACGCGCAUCACAAAUAAAGUUGAUGCUUUUUGACAUUUCCGUCUGCAACAAUGGCGUAAUCAGUUUGAUAAAUUUUAUUUUGAAUUCAUACCAAAUUUUGCAUUAAAUUGAGAGAUUUCGGCAAAAAUAUACUUAUAUGAUUACAGAAAUAUAAUAUACCAUAUUUUCAUGAAAAUAACAUAUUUUUUGAAUGAUGUUAGUGAUUCCAGUUUCCAAUGAAGUAUUUGAUUUUAAUUUGAUAAUUUUUUCCCUUUGUAGUACGCUUGCAAUAACAAAUCAGUUUUCUGCGAAAGUAAACUUUGCCGUCAAAGUGUUCUGUAACAUCAAAUCUUCGCAUCGUUUUUCAAUUUUGUUUGAUAUCGCAUACUGCAGUCAUAUCGUCUCGGUACUUUGCAGUAGUACGUUUUCGAAGUCAGCCAUAUUUAUAGUUAUACGAGUAUAAGUAUUCAUUAUUCCGAAUCGCAGGAAUUCUCGCAAAUAAUUUCGGUAACGCAGCUUAUGCGUAUCUAAUAAUAAUAAUUAAAAUCCAGCAAGCUUCUAUUAAUUAUAUUAAUAACAGUGAUGAAUAGGUUUUAAAUAACAUUUUCAGCAUAAAUUAUUUAAUGUACAUAUGUUGAAAACACUGUGGUAUCGAGAAGUUCAAUAAUUGCAUUAUCAAAAAGUGUUUAACGUGGAAUGUUCAAUGUGAGUAAAUAGUUAAGUACUAUAUUUGAAUAGUUAAAAUAUAUAAAACUGAAAUUAUGUAAUAUAAAUAUAUUUAUAUACGAUAAAUAACACAUAUAACAUGAAAGUUAUUUGAGUUUAAGCUGAUUUUAUUAUGCUAGUAGAGUUGUAUAAUAAACUAUAAAUUGCGUAUAUGUAUGUACAUAUUAAUAUGUUAUAUGUAGGAUUAUUUAUUUUAGCUAAGUAAUUUCAAAAAUCUCAAAUUUUCUAAUUCUUAAAUAAAUGGAAAGUCAUUAUUUGUACGGAAUUUGUAUAACAACCUAAACCUAAAGUAAUUGUUAACUUUAAGAUAAAGAGCAAAAGUAUACGUUAUUUAAGUGCACAGUUAAGCGUUAAAUCAUAAAUAUUAAGUUGAAUAGAAUUAAAGUGGAAUAUUGUAAAUAUUCGUGUAUUAAUUGAAGCACAAGAAAACAUUAUUACCAAAAUAACUGUACAUAUGUACUUUGACCAAUCAACAGUUAUGUUAUGGCUACUUAUUUAGUAUGUAUUGAAGAUUCUGUGAAAUAUUUGUAUGUAAACUAUUUGAGUGUUAAUGUGCACUUAUUUGCUGACUUCUUGUAGACUAUAUAAUAAGAUAUAUACAGUUACAUACAGUGCGUACCGGAUGCGUGCAUUGCCAAUGAUGGCACCAUCCAAUCAUAAAGUAAAAAUCUUAGGAAUGAUACAUAUGAUACAUCAAAAUAAAGGAAAAAUCUUCUAUUUUAUUUUUGGAAACUUCAAAGUAGUAAAAAAUUAACUCACAGCGAAAAACUUAAAGAAAUAACCUACAAAAUUCGUUCCACACAACUAACCGGAUUUUUUAAAAAGCUAAUGAUUACUAAUAUUUCGUAGCAUAUCAUUUUGUUGCUUCUGGUCGGAUUGGUAUAGAGGCGAUAAGUUUUUGGUGGUAUUGCGUUCCAAGCCUCCAAAAUAGCCGUUUUGAGCCCAGCAACAUUGGAAUACUGCCUUUGGUACACUUUUCGACUGACUUCUUGUCGUACGUGCUCAAUAACGUUCAGAUCUGGAGAUUGGGCAGGUGUAUUCAGUACAUGAGGGCAAUUGUAUAUUAACCAAGUGCGAGCAAUCUCCGAUUUGUGCUUCGGAUCGUUGUCUUGGUAAAAUAUAAAAUUGUCUUUAAUUCCCAAUGUGACACAUGACUGCUUUAAAUUUUCCUUUAAAAUGUCGACAUAUUGGAACGAACCAUAAUACCUUGCAGAAAAUGCAGGUUGCCCAUUCCUGAAAAAGAAGAAAUAAUACGUUUUAUGAUUACCAGAUCAAAAUUGUGCAUUUACCCUUUGCCAAAACUCAUCAGGUUUUUUCAAAUGCAAUUUCGCAAAUUCUAGCCUUUUCCUUCUAUUUUUAAGGAUAUUUACGGCUUUUUUACAACUGCUCUACCAUGUAAAACGAAGCUUCUAAGUGUGCGGUGAAUUGUUUUAGCUGAAACCGUAUUCCCUUUUUCAUUUUCCAAUAUGUUUCUUACAUUUUCCUCCGAGGAAAAGGAAUUUUUUUCAACAAUUUUCAGUAUAAUGUUUGCUUCUGCUUGUCUUAGCUUCUUUCCUUGAUCAGCUCUACUAAUAUUAUUAAUCCUAUUUUCCUUUUCAAACUUUUUUAUAAUAUCAAAGACAGUUGAAGUAGUCCUUUUCACAAUCUCCGAAAUAUCUUUAAUGAUUUUUCCUUCUUCCCGUAACUGAAUAACAAGCUUCCGAAUUUCGGUACAAGUAUGAGUACGCGGGGGCGUCAUAUUGGCGUGUAGCUUACUCACAAACUCACCGGUAACUACUAAUAUACAGAAAAGAAUAUUCAGUGUUUGUUCAAGUGGCAUUCCACAAAGAUCAGAAGUACAGUUACUUGUAGAAGCUUACUUAUUUUACGCAGUGAAUAAAUUUAUUACUAUUUUUAAGUUUCCAAAAAUAGAAUAGAAGAUUUUUCCUUUAAUUUGAUGUAUCAUACAUAUGUAUCAUUUUUAAGAUGUUCACUUUAUGAUUGGAGAGUGCCAUCAUUGGCAAUGCACGCAUCCGGUUAGACGUGUGAGUCACUGUAUGUUUGAUCGAAUGUUAAAUUAUGUUGUGCAUUUUGAAAAAUAAUAAAUAUCAAAAAAAUAUC